AGCAGUAAAGGCUGCAGUGCGGGUAAGCUGAAGCAGUGUAACUGUAAAGGGAUACUCCGGCUCCCCACCAGCAGGCUGUUGUGCGGAGCGGCCGUGCGCGUCUCAUUAACAGGAUCACUUUACACGCGUCAAACAAAUGGGUCAUUAUCCAUCACAGCCUGCCCUGCCUCCAGGACCAUACACACACACACACACACACAUACACACACACACACAUUUAAUAUAUCAUCACAGUUCAAUUAUAGACUUGUUUUGAAUCGUAAGGCUUGAUGAGACUCCAAAUCGUCCCGGGGUGCCGUAGUGUUUUCAAAGCCAUGUUGCGUUCAGGCUCGUCGCGUCAAUCUGGACAGACAAAUCCUGUCUUGUAUAGGAUUUCUAACUGUGGCCACAGCAUAGAAAUAAAUAUGUGAACAAGAGAAAAACAAUAUAUCCUUAAACAAAUAUAAUUGCAGAAAUACUUUUUAGAUUUUUAAACAUUCUAUAACAAUAUCAGGGAAUUAAUAUACACUACUUAUACCAAGUGCUUUAACCGAGUUCCAUUGACAACUGUGAGUGAGGUAUUAAGGUCACACAAUAUCUUCUAUUCAAUCCCAUUUUCACCGGGACACUCCGAGGGGGAAGGUGGUCCUGCUUUCGGCCACCUGCGCCCGCGACACCUGGUAAACGAUACGGCUUCCCUGCGCAUGCGUAAUGGGCUGCCAAAAAUCCCAACGCCGUCUCGCCUGUCAACCAAUCGUGUUCCAAUCUGUCCAGAGAUAAAGUCAGAGGUGCGUGGAGAAGAGGUGAAGUGAAGUGGAGGAUUUCAGACGCGAGGAGCUCACACUGACCCCAGGAGAGGAGAGGAAAGAAAUCAUGCCGAGGUCUUUUCUGGUGAAGAGUAAACGGGCCCACAGCUACCACCUGCCCCGGUACCUGGACGACGACCACAGUGGGCUGGAUAGUAUUCUGGCUCAGGCGUGCGUAGACACCAACUGUCAGGCGGAGAACUCGGAGCCGCAGGAGGAUGUGAGCGCCGGCGCUGACAGACUGACCCCCGGGUCCCGGCUGGUGUCCCCGGGGUCGCUGUCCUCCAGCUCUCCGCUGAGCUGCGGAGGCAGCGCGUGUGACCAAUCCUCCGACUGUGAUUUCUGGCGUCCCCCAUCUCCCUCCUCCUCACCAGAUUCAGAGAAAUGCUCCACUCCGGCAGCGGAGGACGCUCACCACUUCAACAUGCCCCUCUUUCCUUACUCCUGGUCAGCAUCCGCAUACUCCAGCUCGGAGGUGAGGCGUCUGGUUCAGGGUCCCUUCCACCACCACCACCAACAACAACAACACCCGGGCCGCAGGGAGCCGAACUCACCCGUCAGCCUCUACGGGGCAGACGACAGCGGCGCCGGACCGCUUUACGCACGGCGAGGUCCCGUGGCCGGAUGCUACCAGGAUUACUCCCCAACGGCCCAGCAGACCCGCAGGAUGCGGGACGCAGACGAGCUGUACCGGGACGCAAAGCAGAAGCCUCGCGGCGCGGAAAUCAAGUGUGAGAAUGACUUCGCCUGCUCCAACUUCGACUCAGACGGAUCCUACAAGUGCACCAAAUGUUACAAGGUUUUCUCCACACCUCACGGCUUGGAGGUCCACGUGCGGCGGUCGCACAGCGGGACGCGGCCGUUUGAGUGCGGGAUCUGCGGGAAAACCUUCGGACACGCGGUGAGCCUGGAUCAGCACCGAGCGGUUCACUCGCAGGAGAGAAGCUUCAGCUGUAAAAUCUGCGGCAAAAGCUUCAAGCGCUCCUCCACGCUGUCCACGCACCUGCUCAUCCACUCGGACACGCGGCCUUAUCCGUGCCAGUACUGCGGGAAGAGGUUCCACCAAAAGUCCGACAUGAAAAAACACACGUUCAUCCACACAGGGGAGAAGCCGCACAAGUGCCAGGUGUGCGGGAAGGCCUUCAGUCAGAGCUCCAACCUGAUCACGCACAGCAGGAAGCACACGGGCUUCAAGCCGUUCGGCUGCGACCUCUGCGGGAAAGGCUUCCAGAGGAAAGUGGACCUGAGGAGACACAAGGAGACGCAGCACGGACUCAAGUGAACAGACGCCUUAAAUAUGAAAUCUGCACUUUUCAUGGAUGAUCCCGUUUUAUUUUAAAAUCUAUUUUAUUGAUGGUUGAAUGUAGUAAAUUAUGUAGCCUGAGAUGUUCUGGUUGGUUUUAUGGAAAUAAAUGUUUAUUUAUC